ACAGUCUUUGGCAACCGCACAGCUACGGGUGACAUGUCAAUAUUUGUAAUGUUAAUUACAUGAAAUCAUCAUAAUACAAUUUGAACGAUCUGUGUUGUCAUGCCACGUUGUACUAACAAAUUCCAAUGUCUGGCAAUUUAAUAGUCACUAUACUUUUAAUACUGAAGGUCAAAAAUCUCCCUACCCUCUUCCGUCAGAGUUACUAGCUGGUCAGACUCACUAUUCACCGAGCAGCAAAAUGGCCGACAGUCAAGCAACUGACUUUUCAGCGCUUUAAAAACGAAGAUUCUGCUUGUUUGGUUUACAUAAUCUAUUACAUAUUUGGGUUACAGAUCAGCAUUUAAGGGGGGUAUUUUCUUUAUUAUCUGUAUAGUUAUUUGCGCUUUGGAUAAGUAUUGUGUUUCACAUAGCCUCGAAUGCCUCAAAAGCUAAAAUUUCGCACUGAAGCACUUUAGCUAGCAGGCUAGCUAGCUAUAUUUCAUAUGUAAUUCCUACGAAAGGAGCCAUUGGAAAGGGAACAGCAGUUCAUGGAAGACAAGAAAAGGAAGAAAGAAGAUAAAAGGAAAAGGGAAACCUCACAGAAGGUUGCUGAGCAAAAAAACAAAGUGCCAGAAUUGACCAAGCUCCCAUCCGCCCCAUCUCCUGCCACCUCUAACUCGGCGUCCCCCAGCCCUGGCCCGGUCCCCUCGGCAUCCGCCUCCACUGCCACCGCGGCUGCUAGCGGCGCCCCCUCCCAGGGUGGGAACAAUGCUAAGCGGCAGGCGGUGGCCAACGGACAGCCCGCCCCCGGCACCCAGGCCCCCCAGCGUUACAUGCCCCGCGAAGUGCCCCCUCGAUUCCGUUGCCAGCAGGACCACAAAGUGCUACUGAAGAGGGGCCAGACACCACUGCCCUCCAUGCUGAAGGGGGGAGGCGACAGCGGGGGAGACAGCCCCAGUUCAACAGUAGCUGCUGCAUCAGAUUCCAGCCAGGGCUCUGUGGGUCCCGCUGCUCCCUCACUGCCCCACACUUCAUCCUCCUCAUCAAUCGCUGCUUCUUCUACUACUACUUCUUCAAAUUAUGCAAAUUCCACGUGGGGGGCCAGCUCUGGCAGCCAGCCCCUCUCUCAGGGCAGGGAGAAGGUGAUAGUGGACAGGUCAGACCUGGAGGAGUGGCCCAGCAUCUCUGCGGCGGACGGAGGGGCGCGUGGUGGAGAUGCGGGGCCGCCGGGGGGCCUCGAGGGCGGCGGGAUGCCGAACUGCAGUGCCUCGUGGGGCGAGCGGCACCUCCAGCAGCAGAAGCAGGCCAUGGGAGCUGGGGUUGGCGGAGGGAAAGGCGGCGAGUCUGGCAGCCCUUCUCCACCUUCCAACGCCUCCAACUCACCCAAUGAAUGUAUGCAGUCCGGCGGCACCGCCUGGGGCUCUUCCUCCCAGGGAGCCGAGGGAGGGAAUGCAGUAGCGGCCGGCUCCUCGGCGUUAUCGUCGAUGCCCCCCUUAUCCAAAGCCUCCUCGCUCCCGGGGACCGCGGACGGCUCCCUCGGCGUCGGCGGCGGGAUUCCUGGUGCCAACUUCAACCCCAAUGCCAACCCUUCGGCCUGGCCAGCCCUGGUGCAGGAUGGGACCGCCGGGUCAGCUGCAAGUGAGGGUGGGCCCUCUUCCCACCUCCUCCAAAGCUCGACGGCGUCGUCGGCCUCGUCGUUAUCGUCUGCCAACGCCCCCUCCGCGGGUCACGCGCCUCUUUCUGUGAAUCUAGCCUCUCAUCAGCAGCCACUGCACCCUCUUCACCAAAUGCAAUCCAGAGACAGAGAGCCAUCCUGCGGGGAGUGGGGUGGCGCAGCGCCACUGGAGCCAGGAGCAGGACCAAAAAACGCGGAGGAGGGCGACAUGGACUGUGGAGGCGGCGGAGGGCCGGGGAGCGACCCCUCGGGGGCGUCUUCAUCUGCAUCGUCCUCCUCCGCCACCUCAUCCUCGUGGAGGGCUCAGCCUUUCCCCGCAAACAACUCCAAAACGGGUGCCUCAAGGACUGACCCAUGGGAAGGGGGAGCGGGCCCCGGGGGGAACCCAGUCUCUGGCGAGGUGGGGGGCAACUCCUGGGGCUACAGCGGCGGUAGCGGGGCGGACAGCCGAGGUGGGGCGUCAGGGGGCUGGGGAGCAGGGAGCGGGGGCAGUUGUCAGGCCCCCAGCGGGGUAUCUCAGGGAGCGUGGGGCGGGGUGGGCGAGUGGGGGGGCAACGGGAGCACAGGAGGAGGAGGAGGAGGAGGAGGAGGCGGCAGCAGCGUGGGAGGUGCCGGCGUCGUGGGCAAUCCCCGCGGCUCGAGCAGCAACAGCAGCAGCAGCAGCAGCCGGGGCAGCGUGGGCCACCCAGCCACCUCGUCGUCUUCUGCGGCGUCUGCCACGACACGAGCAUGGGACAAUCAGAAAGGAAGCGGCAGCGGAGGCAGCGGUGAUGCUGCCGAACAAGGGGAGUGGGGAGGCGCAGGCAGAGGUGGCGGUACCUCUUCGUCCAGCGGUGGGGGCAACUCCAGGAGUGGCGGUAGUGGAGGCGUUGGCGGCAGCGGCAGUGGCGGUGGCCCACACAAUCAGCACCACCACCACGGCCACCGCCACACUUAUCAGCCCCCCACCGUCGAAGUGGCCUUAGAGACCAUGCUCAGCCGGUCUGACCUGGACCCGCGCGUCCUCUCCAACUCCGGCUGGGGCCAAACGCAAAUCCGGCAGAAUGUGGCGUGGGACCUGGAGAGCGUGAAGAACAGCAGCAGCACUGUUAGCGGAGGCACCAGGGGAGUGCGGUCUUCCUCUUCCUCUUCCUCGAUGUCGUCCGCAGCAGCCUCAGCUGGCCUGUACUCCGGUCCCGCUGGCUCAUCGACUACUGAUCCGAUGGCGUCGUCCUCCAUGAUGCCUCCCAACGCCGCCCUGAACCCGGGCUCGAACCAGGGCUCUUCUGCCGUGUCGCCCAGGGACGGCUGGGACAGCGGCAGCGGCGGCAGCAGCAGCAGCAGCAGCAGUGCCUCGCAGUCAGCACGCGGUCCUCCGCCAAAUAGCAGUAUCCAAAACCCUGGCGUCUCACAAUCCGGUGGCAUGGGAGGAGGACAGGGGAAGGCCUUGGGAGGAGGCUGGGGCGCGGCGGCCCCGACGGAAAGCCAAGGGAAAGGCUGGGGCAACGAGGGGCAGGAGUGGAGGGAGCAGAGAGGAGGAGGAGGAGGGGGGGGAGGUGGAGGAGGGGGGUGGGGAGAUUUUGGUCAACAGGGUAACUCGGCGAGAGGUGGUAACAGUGGUGGAGGCUGGGGAGGAGGUCAGGAAGAGAAAGGGGCGGGAGGUUGGAAGGAGGUGGGCGGCAGGGACGGCAGCUGGGGACAAACGGGAGGCAACGGAGCAUGUGGGGACUGGGGUGGAGAGCGUGAGGCCAAGUCGGGCACCAGUGGGUGGGGGGAUGGGAAGGGAGACGGGGCGGGUGUGGAUGGGGACGGCGGUGCUUGGGGUAGCUGGGACGACGGAGCACCCCGGAGAGCGUGGGGAGCGGGCGGGACGGGCGGGACGGGAGGCGGAGGCGUAGCAGGCGGAGGAGACGUGGGCGGCAAAGCUCACCAAGGCUGGGGUGGGAAAAUGCAGCCAUCGCAGAUGCCAAACAGCCAGGCGGCCCCUCUCAAGGGCCCAGGGCCACAGCAGCAGCAGCAGCAACAAUCACAGCCCCAGCCCCAGCAGCAGCAGCAGGCACAGGCGCUGGAUCCAGGGGCCAUGCAAGGGGGCUGGGGCCAUCCAGGUCCCCAGGCUCACAGCCAAAGUUUGGGUUGGACCUCCGGGCCCAUCCCUCAGGUGCCCGGCGGGGUCAAAGAAGUUUCUGAGCCUAGUGGCUGGGAGGAGCCCUCGCCCCAGUCCAUCAGCAGGAAGCUAGAGAUCGACGACGGCACGUCCGCCUGGGGCGAUCCCAAAAACUACAACUACAAGAGUGUCAAUCUGUGGGACAAGAACGGAGCCCCCUCUGGUCAGCCGACGCAAGGCCCGUCUCCACAACAACAGCAGCAGCAGCAGCAGCAACAACAACAACAACAACAGCAGCAGCAGCAGCAGCAGCAGCUGCCGCCGCCGCCACAGCAGCAGCAGUUGCCAGGGCCAGUGGCAAUGCAACAGCCACCAGUGAGGCCAUCUGGGAACAGAGACAUGAGCCUCUCACACACAUCCAACAAGCCUCCUCAAAUGGCUCCCUCUGGUUGGGGGAACGCUGCCUCUCCCUCCAGCCCCUGCGUGGACAACGGCACGGCCGCCUGGGGGAAGCCCAUUGACGCGCCUACUGGCUGGGGUGAACCGGACGACUCGGGCAAGACCUCAGGCUGGGGCAACCCUCCCACUAAUCCCAUCAAACCUGGUCCAAAGUCUAUGCAAGAAGGUUGGGGCGAGGGAGAGAGCUCAGUGAGCGCCUCACGCCACUCCAGCUGGGAAGACGAGGAGGAGAGUGGCGGCGUGUGGAACAGCACCGGCUCCCAGGGCAGCAGCUCCUCCUACAGCUCCAGCGGCUGGGGCCAGGGCCACGCCGCCAAGAAGGUCAACAAGGGCCCCAUGAAGAGUGGAGGUGGAGACUCUUGGAUGAAUCCCAUGACCAGGCAGUUUUCCAACAUGGGCUUGCUGGGUGAAGACCCCAGCAGUCGGAGCCUAGACCUGGCCCCCGGUCCCCCCCAGGAGAAGAAGAUGGACGCCGAGAGGAGAGGGAUGAAUCUGAACGACUACAACGGGGACCUGCGUAAAGCAGGCCGAACUGGUGCUGGAGGAGGUGGACUAGUCUUCCGUUCGCCCAAUUCCAAAGAUGUGGGGCCUGUUGAGACUGGACCCUACUGUGAUAAGAUUGGAGGUCAUAACAUGUUUGGUAGUGCAAGUGGGAUGGCCCAGUCCAGGCACCAGCCAGGUGUGCCACCCAUAAACCCGACCCCGGGGAUACGAGCGCAAGUGCCUCAUCAGUUCCUGUCACCUCAGGUGCCAGGUGCGUCCGUACUGAAGCAGAUGCCACCUCCGAGCAGCGGAGUGGGCGUGGGAGGGGUGGGCACCGGCGUGUUCCCCCCUCAACUCUCCCCCCAGCACAUCGCCAUGCUGAGCAGCAUCUACCCCCCUCACAUCCAGUUCCAGCUGGCCUGUCAGCUGCUACUGCAGCAGCAGCCUCAACAGCAGCAGCAACAACAGCAGCAACAACAGCAGCAGCAGCUGCUGCAGAACCAGAGGAAGUUCCCCCAGAAUGUGCGGCAGCAGGCCGACCCUCAGCAGAUUGCCCGGAUCAUGGCUGUGCUCCAGCAGCAGCGACAGCAGCAGCAGCAGCAGCAGCAGCAGGUGGGAGGCACGGGCGUGGGCUCCAAACUCUCCCCGUCUCAUCUGGGAGGUGGGGGCCCCAAGAUGCCCAUGUCCGACUCCAUGCACCACCCCGGACUGGGGAGCUCCGUGGCUGACAUGCACCCAAAAGCACAGGGGCCGUACUCCGGCUUUAGCUCUGGGAUGAACUUGUCGGGUCUGGAGCUGGGCUCCAUGGUGGGGGGUGGGGGAGGGCUGAAGGACCCGGCCGCCCAGCAGUCCCGCUUCAAGUGGAUGAUGGAGGGCCACUCCCCAGCUCCUUCCCCUCCAGACAGCGCUUUAAAGAACGGGCCCAUUUCUGCUCCCAUGAAGGCGAGAGGAGGCUCCCCCUAUUCCCCCUACGAGCUCCUGGGCAACGACGGCUUGGGGGUGCCCCCACAAGGUGCCUCGGAUAACUGGCAUCGAACUCCUGGAAAGACUGGCACCAAGGCUGGCACAUCCAGCUGGCCUCCAGAGUUCCAGCCCGGCGUGCCGUGGAAGGGCAUCCCAAGCGUCGACCCCGAAUCUGACCCCUACAUGACCCCCGGGGGCAUGCUUAGUUCAGCCGCAGCACACAGCCUGAACGACACUGAGCACCAACUACUGAGAGACAACACGGAAUCAACCCCCUCCCUCAACACCUUGUUGCCUUCACCUGGUGCCUGGCCUUACAGUGCCUCAGAGAGCCCCCUCAACAACGCACACAACCCAGCUAAAUACCCAGAGUACAAGCCCAGCUGGCCCCCGGAGCCCAUAGGACACAAGUGGAAGACCAACCGCCACAGCCCUCAGCUGCCACGCCCACCCCCAGGACUGGGCUCCCAUCAGAAGCAGCCCUCCAUGUCCCCGUGGGCGGGAGGAGGAGGAGGAGGAGGAGGAGGAGGCCCGCGAUUGAACAGGGGCUGGGGCGGCGCUGGCAACAGCCAAGAAACCAGAUAUGGGCCUGGUUCUAUGGCGUGGAGUGACGGGGCCUCCAGAGGAAGCUGCUGGCUGCUGCUGAGUAACCUCACCCCUCAGAUCGACGGUUCCACCCUACGCACCAUCUGCAUGCAGCACGGGCCCCUGUUGACCUUCCACCUCGGCCUGACCCAGGGCAGCGCUCUGAUCCGCUACAGCUCCCGGCAGGAGGCAGCCAAGGCCCAGAGUGCACUGCACAUGUGUGUCCUGGGCAACACCACCAUCCUGGCAGAGUUUGUGAGUGAGGAGGACGUGGCUCGUUACUUCGCACAUUCCCAGGCCAGCGCCGGCGGGAGCGGAAAUGUGGCCGCCGGCUCCUCGGGGGCUCCCGGUUCGGCUGGCUCCGGCAGCACGUCAGUCGGGAUCCCUGGUGCGGAGCGCGACCGAUCCGGAGGCGGCAGCAAUGGGGGAUCGGUGGCGGUGGGACAGGGGGGCAACGGCGGCGUGGGGACUGUAGCCGGAGGAGCGGGGGUGGCUCCCGGCUCCGGCUGGCAGAGUUUGGACGGUACGGGUGGCUCGCCAGACGCUGCCUCCUCCUCUUCCUCCUCCAGCCAGGGAGCGGGCCUGAGCAUCUUCGCCCAGUGGAGCAACAACAGCGCCGGAGGAGGAGGAGGCGGCGGGGGGGUGGAGGCAGGCCGGGCCCAGGGCCUGUGGGGAGGGAUGCCCUCAGGGUACCCGGUGGGGAGCAGCCUGUGGGGGUCCCCCGCCAUGGACGACCGGCACCAGAUGAGCAGCCCGGCCGCCCUGCUGCCUGGAGACCUGCUCGGAGGAGGGGCCGACUCGAUCUGACUGAAAAAUCCCACUUACUAACACCCACACUCACACAUACAUGCAUACACACAGUACAUGCAUACAUGGACAUAUACAUUGUUACACACGGCAUUUACAUACAGUACAUGCAUACAUGCACAGAUACAUUAUUGCACACAGCAUUUACAAUCACCAUAUUUACACACACAUACACACACAAACAACUUAAAUGCAUACAUACGUAUACAGUUCUUUAUACAUUCAUGCACACACAGUUGAUAUGAAUUCAGUGAAAAACCAUGAUACCUAGACCCAUAAGUGCAUCAGUACCAAACAGCAUCACCCCACAUACGUACAUGCAUAAAUACAUGCAUACACUUUUCAUUCAUAGUUGCAUUCAAUUGCAUUCUCUCACUUACAGGCACACACAGUCUGCCAGCAUACACUUGCACAUCCGUACACACAGGCCUAGACAUUGACAUAUGCACUGUGGCAAGCACUCACCAGUGCAGCUAAAUAUCCCUCACUCUGACACACACUCUCUCUUGAAGCACUCAAGGACAAACACUUUCCUUUCAGAAAGCAAAAACAGUCCAGGUUACAGCUUGCUUUAAACACAGAGAAAUGUAAUCCUUUAACAAGAACACACGCAUCCUCAGAACAGAGCAGUUCAUCCUAAAGCCCCAUUACAAAAGACAGGAAUGGGGAGGGAGCUCUUAAAACACUGGCCAUAGAGGUGUACACUGUCAAACUUUUGUCUGGAGCAGGUGGGGAUUAUAAAUAUUGCUGACAUGCAUAACACACACACACAUACGUGCAUUUAAAUACACACACACACACACGUACAUUCACACUUACACCUUUUACCCUUAAAUGAAGACUUCAGCGGCAAGACUUGAACCGACAACAACAAAAAAAAGUGAAAUCAGUUGGACUCUCAGACUCAACUGGAUGAAUCCUUAAUCUUGAGUUUCUGUAGACACACACCCUGCAUACUGAGACAGUCACUCAGGCAUGCACUGUAAAGAAAAAAAAAAAGGAAAAAAAAAACACACUCAUACAAACGAUAGCGUACCAAUAUGCAUCAUUUGGAUGUUGUUCUGUGAUUUUUGGACACACCGCAUUGCAGGAUAAUUUAAUGAUGUUACAGCUCUUUACUCGAAAAACGAACAUACCAAACACUUCACCCUUCCUAAGACACACACUGUUCUAAUGUUUGACAAAAAAAUCAAAACUGUAUCUUGUUGUCUUCUUAUUUUUGGUUUGUUUGUUUUCAAUGUUGGACAGUGGCAUCCAGAAAUGUCUUAUAUUUCCUUCAGAUGCUGACCUCGUAUAUUUUUUGUUUGUUUUUGUUUUUAUUUCGUACUCAAUCAAGUUUAUUGUCAUAAAAAAGACUAUGAUCAUU